ACCGAAGUUUUUGUAGGUUAUGUGAAACUGAACAAUAAUUCUGUUUUAUUUACGAGAUUUAUAAAACAAAAUAAAUUUUCUCAUUGUUAAUUAAUUAAACCUCAGUUUUACAUCUACAUUUUAUUUGAACAACUCGAAACAUGGAACACAAUCUAACCAAUGAAAACUUGUUCAAAGUAUGUCGAACUUGUUUAGUGCAAACUGAAGACAUGAAAGAUAUUUUCACGUCGUCUCUAGACAAAUUGUUGAAAGAAUGUACAUCACUGGAGGUGAAUUCAAAUGACGGACUGCCAACGCUGAUUUGCGAGACGUGCAUAAGCCGAGUGAACGAUGCCUAUUCCUUCAAAAUAUUAUGCGAAAAUAGCAGUCAAAGGUUGAAGGAGUUUGUGGCGACUUCAACCGUUAAAGAGGAAAGUACAGAAGUGAUAGAUAUUUUAGUUGAAUGCUAUGAGUACAACAGUGAUCAAGCAAGUCCUGUGGAUAAUGUAGAAGAUGAAGAAAAUAGCGAGGACACGAAAUUGGACAUCACAGAGACCAGCACUGAGGAUAUUCAGUGUGAAUUAUGUGGUCUAUUCAUACAUAAAAACCAAGAAACUGAACAUUUUCAAACCUGUCACCAAGAAGAGAAAAUCCACAGCUGCGACAAAUGCAAAAAAACAUUCACAGACGUCAAACUACUAAAAAGACACACCAGAGCCCAUAAGUUACAAAAAUCCCACGUUUGCCAAACUUGCGGAAAGUCCUUUUAUGGCAGCACUGACCUAACAAUCCACAUGAGAGUCCACACCGGGGAAAAACCGCUUGUGUGUUCCGUUUGUUCCAAGGCCUUUGCAGACCCCAGAGGUUUAAGCAGCCACAUGAAAGUCCACACUGGCAAAAAACCCUACAAUUGCAAAAUCUGUGGCAAAAAAUUCGCCCAUUCGUCGGUGUUGUCUACUCACAUGAGAACCCACACUUCUGAAAGACCCUACAUUUGUUCCACGUGUGGCAAAACUUUUGUUUAUAGCCACAAUCUGAUCAUCCACAUGAGGUCUCACACUGGAGAGAGACCUUACACUUGUCAAGAGUGUUGCAAGUCUUUUAGCUCAAGUUCUACACUGUCAGCACACAUGAUGGUCCACACUGGAGAGAAAAGGUUUAUUUGUAAUGUGUGUGGGAAAAGGGUUGCCAGGUCCGGGGAUCUAGGGAUUCACAUGAGGGUGCACACAGGGGAGAGGCCGUACGCUUGUAGUGUGUGUUCAAAGCGGUACAGGAUGUCGUCGCAUUUAACUGCACACUUGAAAACGCACACAGGGGAGAAAAGUCACACUUGCACAGUAUGUAACAAGCAGUUCAUCAAUGCCAAGAUUUUAAAUUUUCACAAGAGUAUCCACACUGGAGAAAAACUAAACGCGUGUAAAAUUUGUCAUAAGGCGUUUGCACACAGCAGUUCCUUAUCGGCGCAUAGAAAAACACACAUGCAUGAGAAGAUUGAAGCGAUAAAAACUGAGUUUGAGUGAAAGUUUCAACGAUUCCAGUGAAUGUUAAUUUAUUUUUAAACACGUAUGGAGUUUUGUAUAAUAUAAAUACAUCUAAUAACUAUCUUAAAUAAAAUUAAUUAAUAUUA